AGUGACACCAUUCGCUUUCCCCUUUGCUUUUAUUUUCUUCAUCGCUCUCACUGUUCUUUAGAAAGUUAGCACCAGCCAAACACACACUCCCAUUAUUUUUUCUUUCUAUAAAUACAAGUACUUGUGAGUACUUAGUACUACUAGUUUGUAUAAAACACAUAAUAACUAUUGUUCAAAUGCUUUUUCUGAGAAAUUAAGGUGGUCCGAUCCAACAAAAAUUGAAUCUUUUUUAUUACUAACAUGGCUAACAACCCAUCUGAAGGACCACCUGAUGAUUUCUUUGAUCAAAUCUUGGGUUUUCCUGCAUACAAUGGAACAGAACAAAAUAUGGCGGGAAAUGAAACUGGAGCAAUACCACAGGGGAUGAUGCUCCAGUUAAACUCAGGUGACGGGUCGGGUCAGUUUUCAGGAGUGGGUCUUGGUGUUGGGUUAGGUGGUGGUGGUGGGUAUCAUCAUCAUCACCACCAUCAUCAUCAUGGGGGUGGUGGGGGUAGUUUUCCGUUGGGGUUGAGUUUAGAACAAGGGAAAAGUGGGUUCUUGAAAAUGGAUGAUAUGUCAACAGCAGCAGCAGCAGCACCUGGAAGGAGAUUUAGAGAUGAUGUUGUUGAUAGCAGAGCUUCUUCUUCUGUUAAACCUGGUUUUCAUGGCCAACCGAUGCCUUCAAUGCCUCAUCCCCCUGCAAUACGUCCAAGGGUGAGAGCAAGGCGAGGACAAGCAACUGAUCCACACAGCAUUGCGGAGAGGUUACGUAGAGAGAGGAUAGCAGAAAGAAUUAGAGCAUUGCAAGAAUUGGUUCCCAGUGUCAAUAAGACUGAUAGAGCUGUAAUGCUUGAUGAAAUUGUAGAUUAUGUCAAAUUCCUACGGCUGCAAGUGAAGGUGUUGAGCAUGAGUAGGCUAGGAGGAGCUGGAGCAGUUGCACCGCUUGUUACAGACAUUCCAAUAUCAUCAGUAGAGGAAGAGAGCAGUGAAGGUGGAAAUAACAAUAAUCAACCAGCCUGGGAAAAGUGGUCAAGUGAUGGCACAGAAAGGCAAGUGGCUAAACUUAUGGAAGAAAAUGUUGGUGCUGCAAUGCAAUUUCUUCAGUCUAAGGCACUAUGCAUCAUGCCUAUUUCUCUUGCAUCAGCAAUUUACCACUCUCAACCACCAGAUACAUCAAGUCUUGUUAAGCCAGAAACAAAUCCUCCUUCAUAGAGAGAGACCCUAGGUGAUAACAUGCUAAUGACCAUGAGAAUUUUCUUCUUGCAGUGGAUGGUUCCUACAUUUACCUAUUAUUAAGUACUUUUUAGCUUUGUUGAAAGACAGGUUUUUUUUACUGUUAUGUAUAAAGUAAACCAUUUUCUGUCAUUGAUAUAUUCAAUUAGUAAGACAGAAAUUGUCAAACUUUUCUUCA